AUGAAGGGCUUCAGACAGAGAGUGCAUGAGCAGUUGUCGCGGGCGAAAGACAACAAAUCGUCGAAGAAGAAGGAUUCCAACCAGUCUCGAGACCAAGCAGCGCUCGGAAUCUCCCAAUCUGCAUCUCCAAACCAUGGCACUCCUACAUCCUCAACGACUUCGGUAAAUGAUACAAAGGGAAGGUCGCCAGAUAAUGCUGCGCAGGGACUAUACCCGCCGGGAGCUCCUGGGUCGCAUUAUCUUCCCCAGGGAGGCCAGCCGGGGAAUAAUGGCCCCGCAACCCCAACCAAACAGGGUGGUGCUCCCAGUGUGGUCAUCAGCCCCAGUGCACCGCACGCACCUCCGCCAGGUGCGGCCGAGACCAUGCCGGGAGAUCUGGCACCUCCCCGGAAAUCCAACGUUUUUGAUCGCCUCCAGACAACGCCCAAGGACAUGUCGGAAGGGAUUAGGACCCCCAAGCGCCAGCACUCGUCGCGAUUCGACAUCUCCGACCAGCGCCAGAGGGAGUUGGAGAAGUUGCCGGGAUUCCACGAAGUGCCUCCCAAUCGUCGCCAGGAUCUCUUUAUGCAGAAGAUCGAUCAAUGCAAUAUCAUUUUCGACUUCAAUGACCCGACCGCCGAUAUGAAAUCCAAAGAAAUCAAGAGAUUGGCGCUCCACGAGCUCUUAGACUACGUCGCCAAUAACCGUUCGGUGAUUACGGAACCAAUGUACCCCCGGGUUGUCGAAAUGUUUGCCAAGAACCUUUUCCGUCCUAUUCCACCGCCCUUGACGCCUCAAGGGGAGGCUUUUGAUCCCGAGGAGGACGAGCCGGUGUUGGAAGUCGCAUGGCCCCAUAUCCAAGUUGUCUAUGAGUUCUUUUUGCGGUUCAUCGAGAGUCAAGAUUUCAACACCAAUGUUGCCAAGGCGUACAUAGACCACCAUUUUGUGCUUCAGUUGCUUGAACUAUUCGACUCGGAAGACCCUCGUGAACGCGAUUUCCUCAAGACCACCUUGCAUCGGAUCUACGGUAAAUUCUUGAACUUGCGGUCAUACAUCCGACGGUCGAUCAACAACGUCUUCUUCCAAUUCACCUAUGAAACCGAGCGGUUCAAUGGUAUUGCAGAGUUGUUGGAAAUCCUGGGCUCCAUCAUCAACGGUUUCGCCUUGCCUCUUAAGGAGGAGCACAAACUCUUCUUGACAAGAGUGUUGAUUCCUCUCCACAAGGUCAAGAGUCUCAGUAUGUAUCAUCCGCAGCUGGCAUACUGUAUCGUGCAAUUCCUUGAAAAGGACUCGUCAUUGACAGAUGAGGUUGUCUGUGGCUUGCUGCGCUACUGGCCCAAGGUCAACAGCACCAAGGAAGUCAUGUUCCUGAACGAAGUGGAGGACAUCUUCGAGGUGAUGGACCCAGCAGAGUUCGUCAAGGUCCAGGAACCCUUGUUCCAACAAUUGGCCAAAUCGGUUGCUAGUCCCCACUUCCAGGUCGCGGAACGCGCUCUUUACUUCUGGAACAACGAGUAUUUCUGUAACUUGGUCAGUGACAAUGUUGAAGUCAUCUUGCCUAUAAUGUUCGCGCCAUUAUACGAAAACUCCAAGGGUCACUGGAAUAGGACGAUCCACAGUAUGGUGUACAACGCCAUGAAGAUGUUCAUGGAAAUCAACCCACAGCUCUUCGAUGAAUGUUCCCAUGAGUAUAAUGAGCGGAUGAAUACCGCCGAACAGCGCGAGCAGGCUCGACAGGACCGUUGGGCAAAACUUGCUGAGCAGGCCAAAGAUCGGAAGAAUGGCGUCGCCCCACCACCGUCCAACACUGGAGAGAUCCCACUCCAAAUCGACGAGGUUGACGCGAUCGCUCAAGAUACUCAGAACCGUCUGAAAUUGCAGGAUGAAUCGGGCUCGACUCCAGAGCGCAAGCCAACCUCGAGACGUCGCCGCGGCUCCCUCGAUGGUUCUUCUCGGAGGCGGCGAAGUGGUAGCGGCAGUGAGAUUCGACCACGCAUCUUUGAUCGACGACGGUCGACUGGUUCCGGUAUCGCCGUACAGUUUCCGACGCGAAGCAAUUCUACCAAGAGUUAA